AUGGACAAGAUCCUGGAGGGGCUGGUGAGCUCGUCGCACCCGCUGCCGCUGAAGCGGGUGAUCGUGCGGCGCGUGGUGGAGUCGGCGGAGACGCCGCUGAGCCAGGCGCAGUGCCGCGCCAUGUUCGCGCUCGGCACCCGGCUGGUGCUGCAGGGCCCCGACCCGUUCCAGCGGCAGGUGGGGCGGCAGGUGCUGGACGCCUACGGCCGCUUCCACCGCGCCGAGUUCGAGGCGUUCUUCAACCGCGGGCUCAUCCUCGGGCUCCUGCAGCGCGGCUACGGCGAGCUGAGCAACCGCGACCCCGCCAUCCUCGACUACAUCCAGGCGGGGCUGCGCCUCAUCAUGAGCUGCCCCUCGGUGCUGGAGCUCUUCGAGCUGCUGCAGGUGGAGGCGCUGCGCCUGGUGUGCGAGCGGCCGUCACCGCCGCUCUGCGCCCGCCUCUGCCAGCUGCUGGGCGACUUUCCGCAGUGCCUGCCCCGCGGCAGGAAACUCUCGCUCGCCUUCUGCCAGCAGCUGGUGCGCAGCAUCGCCCAUUUCCAGAGCCAGGGCACCCGGGAGGCCGAGCUGCGCCUCUACGUCUCGCAGGUGACUCAGGUUAGCGCGCUGCUCAGGAGCGUCUGGAAAGCCGAGCCCGACACGCUGCUGCCCUCCCUGCAGGAGCUCUUCGCUGUCAUCUCCGCCGCGGAUACUUCAUUUGAACCAUCUGUUGCACUGGCAAGUCUUGUGCAGCACAUACCUUUGCAGAUGAUUACAGUACUCAUCAGGAGCCUUACUACAGAUCCUAAUGUGAAAGAUGCAAGUAUGACUCAAGCUCUGUGCAGAAUGAUUGACUGGCUAUCCUGGCCUCUGGCUCAGCAUGUGGAAACAUGGGUGAUUGCACUGCUGAAAGGACUGGCUGCAGUCCAGAAAUUUACCAUCCUCAUUGAUGUCACUCUGCUUAAGAUCGAAUUGGUCUUUAAUCGACUUUGGUUUCCUCUAGUGAGGCCUGGUGCCCUUGCUGUCCUUUCCCACAUGUUACUUAGUUUCCAGCAUUCUCCAGAAGCUUUUCAUUUGAUUGUUCCACACGUGGUCAGUUUGGUUCACUCCUUCAAAAGAGAUGGCUUGCCUUCCAGUACAGCCUUUUUGAUGCAGUUGACUGAGUUGAUACACUGUAUGAUGUAUCAUUAUUCAGGAUUUCCAGAGCUCUAUGAACCCAUUCUGGAAGCUAUUAAGGAUAUGCCCAAACCCACUGAAGAGAAGAUUAAGUUGAUCCUCAGUCAGAGUGCCUGGACUUCUCAAUCCAGUUCUUUGCCAUCUUGUCUAUCUAGACUUUCUGGAAAAUCUGAAACUGGGAAGACAGGCCUAAUAAAUCUAGGAAAUACUUGCUACAUGAACAGUGUUAUUCAGGCACUUUUUAUGGCUACAGAUUUCAGAAGGCAUGUUUUAUCUCUGAAUCUAAAUGGCUGUAAUUCCCUAAUGAGAAAAUUACAGCAUCUUUUUGCAUUUUUGGCCCAUACCCAGAGGGAGGCAUAUGCUCCUAGAAUUUUCUUUGAAGCUUCCAGACCACCAUGGUUCACCCCUCGAUCCCAGCAGGAUUGCUCAGAAUAUCUCCGAUUCCUGCUGGACAGGUUGCAUGAAGAGGAGAGAACUUUGAAAGCAUUAUCUUCGGCCAAGAGUUCUGACAGUAUAAUGACUGAUGAGUCCCAGGCACAAGAAGCUGUACAUAAAACACAAGUAUUUACUGAAGCACCUCGUAUGGGAAGUGAAGAAAGAACUCUGAUAGAGAAGAUGUUUGGAGGAAAAUUGAAGACUAACAUAUGCUGUUUGAACUGCAAAAGCAUGUCUCAAAAGGAAGAAGCUUUCACAGAUCUCUCUUUGGCUUUCUGUCCUCCAACUUCCUUAGAGAAUGUUGACCCAAAAUGCGUGGAACAUUCUGAAGUGAAAGAUGACUAUAUGGUGCAAAGUAAUACUUUAGCAACCAGUCCUGCUACAGAAACACCUCUGAGUAAUUUGGAAGUAAAUCGUGGAUGUGACACAAUAAUGAAUGAAGGAACCAUAGAAGAUUUUUCUAGCGAGCCAGGCUCUGAGAAUACCACAAUUUCUGAACUCAAAGUUGAAAAUAAUGGGGAUAUGUCUCAGAGUCUAGUAGGUAAAAAUACCCUGUCGGUUACAGACUUACUCAAUUAUUUUCUGGCACCUGAGAUCCUUAGUGGAGACAAUAAAUAUUAUUGUGAAAAGUGUGCCUCUCUACAGAAUGCUGAAAAAACUAUGCAAAUCAUUGAGGAACCUGAAUACCUCAUUCUCACCCUUUUGAGAUUUUCAUAUGAUCCAAAGUGUCACAUAAGGCGCAAAAUCUUGGACAAUGUUUCUCUACCACUUGUAUUGGAACUGCCAGUGAAAAGAGCAGCAUCCCCUUUAGCUGUUGUUUCAGGAGGCUGGUCUGUUGGUGUGGAGAUUUCUGAUACUGGAGAAAAUCUUGCUAAAAAACUGAAACCCUCAGGUGCUGAUGAAGUGACCUGCCCACAGUUGGUGCCCUAUGUGUUAAGCUCUGUGGUGGUGCAUUCUGGUGUAUCCUCUGAAAGUGGACAUUAUUAUUCAUAUGCUAGAAAUGUUACUGGGUCAGGGCCUUCAGGGUUCUGCCACCAGUCUACAGCUCUUUCUUUAGUUUCUCCUCAGGAUAAAUUGUUUACAGAGGAGAGUCCUUGUACUGUUGUAGAAAAUGAGCUGGACACUGAGAUGCCAAGAGAAUGGUUUCUGUUCAAUGACAGCAGAGUGACAUUUACCUCAUUUCAGUCAGUCCAGAAAAUCACCAGUAGAUUUCCAAAGGACACUGCUUAUGUUCUGUUUUACAAAAAACAGAACAGCACCUGUGGCUUCAACACUAAUCCAGCAAAUGGCCUCUGGGUAAAUGGAGACCCUCCUCUACAAAAAGACCUCAUGGAUGCAAUUACAAAAGAUAACAAACUGUACUUGCAGGAGCAAGAGCUUAGUGCUCGAACACAAGCGCUUCAAGCUGCCUCAGCCUCUUGCUCUUUCCGACCCAAUGGAUUUGAUGACAAUGAUCCCCCUGGAAGUUGUGGCCCCACAGGUGGAGGAGGAGGGGGUGGGUUCAGUACCGUCGGUAGAUUGGUCUUUUGACUACGAAGACAACCUGGAAUACACUGGUUCCAAAGCAGCCUAGUACUGCUGAGGACAAAUAAAAUACUGACCUCUGUCAGAUAUUGUACCAGGCUUUGAGACUUGAUCCUUGUCUAAAAGCAAAUAUUGGUGUUUUUUUGGUUAUGUUUUAUUUGAAAUAAAUAAGCGCAUAAUGGAAAAAAAACCUACCUCUUAAAAGUUUAGUUGCUUUCAUAGUGAGAUAUGCUUGCCCAAAACCCAGAAAAUUAAGGGGUUUUUUUUUAAGUGAAUGCUAAUGACAUUGCAUUAAACUGAACAAAAUGCACUUACAUCAGUUUCUUGUCCUCAUCCACUGAAUGAAGGAAGUUCAUUUUUUACUCUGAUGAUAUUACUUUAUGUGGAAACCUGUUUCAGAUGGGCUGAACUGCAUCUGUAGUCUCUCACCCACUGCUUAUUUUCAAAUACAGUACCUUUGUGAAUUUUCAGAGAUGAUGCAAUUUGUAAUGAAGGCAAUAACUUAAAUGUGACAUGGUAUAGUACUUUCCAGGUUAAAAAUUCUUCAGUCCAUUUCCAGUGUAAAUGAAAAGGAAAAAUUUAUAAGUAUUUGCUAACUUGUUAUCCAAAAAAGUGCAUGUUGUGUAGGAGCAAUGUUUUUAAAUAGAAAUUGUUAACUUUGUAGCAUUUCUAAUUGUUUGAGGAUUUUAAAAUUAUUUCAGGGAAUAUAUCUGCUGAGUAUGGGAAAGGAAGAGAUUCUGUAUGUGCCUUGCAGUACUGUAACUUAAACUCUCUGAGGCUGCAAAAGAUGAGAAAAAUGUCUUAGUAGUCAAUUAUUUUUUGCCAGCAUUAGAAAUUAAGACAUUUAUAGAAAGAUUUAGGUUUCCAGAAGUAAGCAUCUGUUAGUUUGAAAUGCAGUAAGUGUUGCCCAUUAUUUUUUGAUUUAAUAAGUAUACGUACCUAGUGUUCUAUAGCUUUCAUGGCCUGUACUGCUGAGAAAAAAAGUGAUCAUAAAAAUGGAGCUAUGUUUGUGAAGUCACAGAAAAGCUGCCUGUAUUGAUCUUUGCUUAUAAGAGUCUUUUGAAGUUUUGCCUUUGGGUUUUGCUGGUAGGGAGAACUUUCUGGUGAGUCCAGGUUUAUAUUUUGGGUUUUUUUUGUCUGCAGAAGCCCAAAAUGAUUCUGCCUAAGGAGCAGUGUUUGAUUGCUCAUUAGGCCAGCAGAUGUUGAGGAGCCACUUGUUUGAGUCUUGGCAGAAAUAGCAACUUUGGUUUUGAUGUGCAAUGAAGAUAACAGAAGUAAAGGAUUGUUGAACCCAGUGAUGAAUUCUUGAGUAAUCUUAGAGUGAAGUGCAAAUUUAUUUAAAGUAUUUUUACAAAACUCUGCACUGUUUUUGCUGUGUUUUUAUAUUCUAUUAGGUGACAAAUUGUCUCCUUAAAGAAGCAUGCAGACCUGGCAGGUUUUAGCAUAACUGUAUAAAAAUAAGCAAAUUUCUUAGAAAAUGCUUUUAAAAAGCAUAAAAUAAGUUGAGAGAAUGAAGUCUUGUUUAUAUGAUUCUAACUAUAUGGAGUUUAGUCUGAAAGGUAACUUAGCUUGCAAGCUAUUUCUAUAUUAUCACUAAAACUGUGCUAUUUACUGUAGGUUCAGAUGUUACACUCAAGAAAGCUAGAGCAGCUCACAUAGAUUUUUAUUUUUUUUUUAAUACUUUCCAAGCUUUUUCAUGACAGUUUGUAAUACCUUGGCUUUGGCCUACUCUUUUCAUUGCUAUCUCAGCUGUAGGUCACUGAACAAGGGGAUCAGCCAUAGAAACAUGCAAUGUUUUGAGACCAGCAUGAGGAAUGUUCUCAUUUUGUUGUACCUGGAUGAGUUUUUUUUUUUUUUUUUGAGAUUUCACUUUGCUUCAAAAUUCUGUAACUUUCAGUCUAAUAGGUUUUCUUCAUUUCCUUUUAGGUUUCUCUGCCAGUUUGCUCUGGUUUGAAAAUGUUUUAUAAGACAGGUUAAUUUGGCUUUUUUCUCCCAGAUUGAGGGCACACUAAAAAGCUGUCUACUCUUUGCAUUACCAUGGAAAUAUUUGGUCUCUCUGUUUCAAUUCACUGUUCAUUUUAAACUACUAGUAAGUAGAAACAGGGGCAAGUGGUUUAAUUCAACCUGAAAUCAUAAUUUUGUAAAGGUCAGUUUCGUUUUUAUGUUCUCACAGUGAAAAUGCAAAUGAUGCAGCCUACCUAAAAAUAAUAUUAAGUAUGUCUUUCCUAUACCUAUUGAACUAUAUUUAUUUCAUGAGCUCUUAGAAGGCUUUCUACACCCUUGUUUGCCUGUUCUAAACUAGGUGUUAAAUAUGGAAAAUUUGCAUGAGAAUAAUGCCAAUCAGGUUGGAUCUGGUUAGGUGCAAAACUAUGGAUGUCUGAAAUUGAAAAUAACUUCUUUCUUUCACCUUGUUGACUUCUGUCAAUGCAUUUGAUUGGGGUUUUACAAGUAGAUUUUAAAAUUCAGGAUACCUUUUUGCAAGUCUGCUUGCUGACUUGACAGCUGUCUUAGACUGGUGAGUCCUAGAUCCCCAACUUGGAAGGUUUAAAUAAACCUAGUGGAAGUGGAGAAGUAUUUCAUGCUUUGAAAUGUGCACCUUUUUUAUUGUUUACAGUAAUGAUGUUGCAUGCCACUAUCUUCUGGACAUGAGAGAAAAAUGUACAUAUGGUACUUUAGACUUCUGUUGCUUGUGAAUGAAUGCUGGAUGGUUUAUUUCUUUACCUUUUUGGCUCCAUUCUUAAUAUGUUUUCUAAGUUGAAUCAGUAGGAAGAUAUAAAAUGCAGAAGAUGAAUCAGUAGGAAGAUGUAAAAUGCAGAAGACCAUUUCAGAAGGUUAGGGGUUUUUGUUGUUUCCUUUCAUGAAAGAGACACAGUUGUACCAAACUCAAGGGUGGUAUGUCUUUUGAAAUCAUAUUUGCUUCUACCAAGACAGACUGUGAUUUGAUCUUUGUUUUAAUGGUCACUGGAGUUGCAUUAACUUUCUUCUGUGCUGUUAAUUUUGUAUAAUUUGUAAUUUUUUCACGUGGAGCAUCGCAGUGGAUUACUGUGAAAUCUCCCCUGUAACAGGUGAUUACCAUGUCUGUGAGCCCAUUUAUCCAGGAUGAGGAGAGAAGAGGCUUCUUUGGAUAACUAAAGAAAUCACACUUUCUGGCUAGCUUUUUUUUUUUUUUUCCCCUGCGUUUCCUUCUCUGUGCUCUGGAAAUUUAAUUUAAUGGAUAAGCCUUAAUUUUUUUUAUCUGUAGCAGUAAGUUUGUUCAUUGAGUUAGAACACUUUUCUUGUACAAGUGACUGGCAAAGGGCAGAAGCUCUGGGACCUGGGAGUGUUGAGGCAAAAUCAAGUGGGUAUAAGCUUUCUGUAAAUAAAAUUUAGAUUAGAAACAAAGUUCCUAAUUCUGGAACAGCCUUCUGGGCAGAACUUUGCUUUGAAGGAAGAGCCAACUAUGUCUAUGAAAGAAAUUAAAUGCAAAGUGGUGUCUGAAUGGUAGGCAACUAGACCUGAUAAACCAGAGGUCCCUUCUAGUCCCUUCCUAGAGUUUUGCUCUUUUGUUGGGUUUUCUGUCUUGCUACAUUGCCAGUUUUGUUUGUAAGGCUCAAAGAUUUGAGGGUAAAUAAAGAGAAUAUUCAACUGUGACGUAACAAAAGUUAACUGCUCAGUUUUGGGUGGUGUUGGUCUCUGACACAGAGGAAUGAAACAUAAAAAUUACCAAAUCAUGGCAAGUGGAAACUUGGAGUUGUGAUCUAAAGAAAUGUGCUCAGUUUUUAAUACAAGGCUGAUUUCCCUGGGUAAAAACCUACAAUGAGAUGUAAUGAGUUGUAGCACUUGGUAUCAUCACUAGGUCGUAAUCAAAUGGAAAUUACUGGACACUUUCAAAGGGUGAACAAAUGAUCUAUGAAGUAAAUGAGAUCAGUAUAGACAAUCUUCAAGGCUUUCAUGGUCCCUGCAGCCAGUCAUCAUAAGUCUGCCUAAAUCUGAAUUCAGAGCUCUGAGUAAUAUGUUGUUAAAUCAGAGGUGUGGGAUCAAAUGUGACAGAGAACCAAGAAGUGUGCGGUGCUGUCUGUGUUGUGUCCUACACCAGUUCUGGCUGUGGGGUGUAGCGUGGCACUGCCUCAACACAUGCUUUUGUAUUACAAUGCACACACACAUCCCCCAAUUCACUGGGACUCUGCUUUUGCUUGAAUUAAAGCAUCCAGAUCAAAGGCACGACAACCAGAACUACCCAGAGUGAAGCACAGAUGGGUAUUUUUCAAUACAAUAUGCACCCUCCUUAUUUAAAAUGCAAAAUCCUCUUCUAAAUCUGCAGGAUUCUAGAGAGGAAUGUGGAUUCAGGAUACACAUUUCUUGUUCCCUCUUAUUUUUGUUUUUUUCCAGUGCAGAUAAUAUUUUUAGAAAUCAGGUGUAAAAGUGCUUUAAUAGUCAUGUCAAAAGAGACAACACCGGGUGUUUCCCUAUGAAGUUGCUGUGGGAAAGAGGCACAGCGAGUGGUGAAGAGCUGUACUGAACUGAAAUGGGACAAGUGCAGAAAGGACAGGAUGGCUCUAUUCUGGUUUAAAAGUUGCACAUGUCUUCAUUUCACUGCUGUAACUUUAUUCCACCAAAAGGAUACUUUGUCAACAAUGCCUUGUGUUAUCUGAGCCUGAUCCUUCAAAAGUUUCCGCUGUAUCAUUAUAGCCUUUUAUAUUUUGAAGGAAAAAACAUCUCAGUAGGCAUAUUGAGAAUAUGCUGCUGAGGAGUGUAUUUCAGGUUGACAUGAGAACAAUGAAGUCAGCAGCAGGAUAUGUGAUUGUGCAAGCAGCUGUAGUAUCAUACAGCAUCCUCGAGGCCAGAGGUCUCCAAACUUAGAUUGCACACCCACAUCACUAAAAACUCUUAUGUGUGCACACACUAUAUGUAUAUUUAUUAAUUUAUAAAUAAUAUAUGUACUACUAUACUAAUUUAUUAUGUACAUACACAGGAGUAGAAAUUGAAAAAGUAUGAGAGAAAAGUGAAAUAAAGACUAUUUUUAAAUUAUUUAAAAUUUCGUUUGUUAAUUCUGCAAAAUAUACUUUCUUCUUGCACCCAAAUGAAUUCUCUUGGGGUGAAUGCACCUCACUUUGGAGACCAAUUCUUUGGGGUAUAGUCUUGGAAAGAGUUUUAACUGGAUGGGAACAGGUGUCAAAACUGACCAGUUUAUAAUAACAGUUUCUUUUAGUCGGUGAGUAUAGACUGUUGUCCUUAACUAUGUGCUGCAUAACUCUGGUUUGGAUCUCUGUUUAUUCAGAGUUCUUUGAAAAUUCGGUCCAAGGGCUGUGAACUGUUUUGCCAUUGCUUUUCCUGCAGUAUGCAUUAAAUGACAAAACAGGAGGUGUCGGCCUUAAGCGGUUUGCAGAAAUGCAAAGCCAUUCCUGUUUGGAGGGGAGUGCAAUAUCUCCUGCCAAACACAGGGAUGUGUUAGUACUUGGCUUUAAACGUUAGUACCAUCUUUUCCAACUGGCUUGCCCUUUCUCAAAUGUUCACUAAAGAAUUCCAAUGUUUUGUGCUCAACUUCUCAGAAGAAAAGAAUUAAUUUGCUUGCUGUAUCUCUCCUGGUGUUUAUUUUAUUGAACUACAGUUGAAACAAUUUUUACAGUAUGCCUGUUCUUUAAUCUUGUAAACUGGCAUAAAUUUUUAAUAGUAUUUCAUAUCAGUUUUUAAAAAUUGAUGGGGUAAAAUGACUGUACAUGUGUUGGGCUGCCUAAAGAAGUCAAAAUAUAUAUAUUUUAAAUCCCUCAAAUGUGUCUCAAAGUAUGUAAGUUUUCAUGUGUUUGACUGGAGAGGCAAGAGAGAUAUUCCAGUAAAAUAUAACAGUGGUGGUUUGGGUUUUUUUUUAAUUGUAUAUCUUACCUGUAAAUCUCAGCUUGAAGGAUCUCACACGAAAACAUGGAUAACAAGUCAUCUGAAACCCCUGAUUGUCCAACUGUAUCUGGAGAAUGAAGUAGCUGGAUUUCCUGUGUAUUUACAAUGCAGUGUGAUGACAGUUUUUCAUUUGAGUUGUCUUCUCAAUUGGUGUUACUUCAGUCUUCAAAGAACAUGAAAUUACUUCAACUUGUUGAAAUAAUGAAGGACAUCAUAGUUGGUUUAAAUGCAGCCUUUCUCAAUGAACAUGAAAGUUAUGGCACAGAAACAUUCAGGC